GGCUUCGUGAACUUUGUCGACCAGGCGGACGCGAUCCGCGCUAAGGAGGACGUCCUGAACCGCCUGGGCGGAGACAUUGGCAUGCCGAACGGGCAGACCGUCCGCAUUGGCUUCGGAAAGGCUGAUAGCGCGCCGGUCGCUCCCGCGAAGGGCACGAACAUGAACAGCCCGUCGGCGACCUCGCCUGGUGGCGGGCUCGGUAAAGCGACGGGUAACAACGUUGGGCUGGCGGGCAUGGAUGCGCAGCUGCAGUCUACCCCAACGAGAGCGCUUUGGAUUGGGUCGAUUCCAUCGACGACUACGCCCGCGACCAUUCUUAGCGUGUUCAGCCCGUACGGCCCCAUCGAGUCUGCGAGGGUUCUCACGCACAAGAACUGUGGCUUCAUCAACUUCGAGCGUCUUGACGAUGCAGUUCGCGCUCGCAAGGCUCUCAACGGCCGCGACGUCCUGGGCAGCGACGUCGGCGCCAUCCGCAUCGGCUUCGCCAAGGUGCCCGUCAAGAACGGUUCUGAGGGUACUGGCGGACAAGACGAGGGCAAUGGCCUCAACGUCCAGGGCGUCGGCGACCUGAGCGUCGGCGCGACCAUCCACGCGCUGCGCAACAUCAAGGGCGCGACCACCAUACCCGUCGACCAGCAGGUCCUCAGUGGCGCGGUGGAGAACUACCGCUCGAACCUGUUGCUGAGCAUGAUCGCCUCUGGGGCGCAUGCGGGCAUGUUCGACUCGGCUGGCAAGCCUGCUGGCUGGACAACGGCGGUUACGGAGCAGCAGAUGGUCAUGAAGGAGCUCAGUGGUGGAAGUCCCGACGCAGAGGCUGACAUUCAGGCCCUUGCAGAGUUCCGCCCCCCGAUGAUGUACUACACGACGAUCCCGCUGGUAUCUGAGAGGCCUCACAACAGACGGUGGGAUGCGUCGAAGCUGCGUGAGCUCCGCAAGAGGCUCGACACGAGCACUAUCUCUACCGAAGAAAUCGACAAUACCGCGGCCGACUUCCUCGACGGGGAGAUUGUUGACCUCGCGUCCGACUGGCUCGGUAACACGGUUGUGCAAAAGCUGUUUGAGAAGUGCUCUCCAACGCCUCGCCUCGCCAUGCUCGAGCGCCUGAGCCCGCACCUCGCUAUGAUCGGUAUCCACAAGAAUGGCACGUGGGCUGCGCAGAAGAUCAUCGAGUGCGUGCAGACUCCAGACGAAGUGGCUCUCGUCACGCAGAACUUGAGGCCCUACGUCCCGCCGCUCUUGUUGGACCAGUUCGGUAACUACGUCGUGCAAUGCUGCCUGCGCUUCGGUGCACCCGCCACCGAUUUCUUGUUCGACGCGAUGGCCGACCGUCUCUGGGAGAUCGCUCAAGGCCGCUUCGGAGCUCGUAGUAUGCGUGCCUGCCUCGAGAGCAGCAACAUCACCGUCAGCCAGCAGCGCCGCAUUGCUACUGCGAUCAUCCUCAACUCGAUUCCGUUGGCGACGAACCCGAACGGCGCGCUGCUUCUGACGUGGCUGCUGGACACGUCGAACUUCCCGUCUAGGUACAACUUGCUUGCGCCUCGAUUCACGCCGCACCUCUCGCACCUGUGCACCCACAAGCUCGCAUCGCUCACGGUGCUCAGGAUUGUCAACCAGAAGGUCGAGCCCGAGGCGUCUACGCAGAUCGUCGAGGCCCUCUUCUCGUCGCCGGGCGAUCACGUCCUUACCGACGUGCUGGGCGAUCAGGUUAACGGUGUUGCCGUUGUCCACAAGAUCUUGACGAGCCCCUUCGUUGACCCUACCCAGCGCCCGAGCUACGUAGAGGCCACCAAGAGGGUGUUGAUUGAGUUGAAGGUUAUCGCCACCCAGGCCUACCGUCGUCUCAUAGAGGAAGUUGGGCUGCCUGUUCCUAAUCUCCAGCCGACCUAUACCACGAACGCUCCGCAACCUAACAGCAAGAACAAGUACACUGCGCAGAGCAACUACUCUAUGCCUGGCCUGCCCGCAGGCUAUCCUUCCAACGACCAGAGCCUCGCGUCGAUGAUGGCCGCACUCCAGAUGGGUGGACAAAAUGCCGCUUCAGGCCCGCCGCGCCUGCAGAUCGACCCCGGCUACAGCCAAGCUCCUACUGGAGGACGUGGCCGUGCCUCCAACCCUGCGUCGGCCUUCUCGCCGUCGACCGAUCCCUUCAACCCGUUCGCUAUGCGCUCGCCCGACAUCGCAAGCCCCAGGGGUAACGUUCCCCGCCGCAACGGCGGCAUGCAGUCCGCUACCACGCCGUCCGCUGUUCCGUAUGGCUCGCAGUCUCCGAGCCUGACUCCUAACAUGAUGGGCAUGAGCCAGCCCUCCUACAAUGGCAUGACUUCCCCGCCGAUUCCUCCGCAUCUCUAUCAAGCGUACAUGUAUCAGAUGUAUCAACAGCAAAACCCGCCCUUCCACGCUUAGAGCACCAGCUAUCCGCACCGCUAUCGUUUUUGACGACUACAUGACGAACUGUACCCGGGCCAGUAGGUUCGAGGCAUGAGGAUACUCGUUUGCUUCUUCCGUUUCGCGUGCUGCCUCUCUUCGUAUAUUUACAGAUCAUACGACGGGCUUGUUGCCAGUUGUCUCCGGACUCUAUACCCUCCCUGACAUCGCAGUCGGUAUGCUCUCACGCUCGUUGCUCAUUUACAAACGGUCACAAAAGUCGGACAUGGUCCUGCUCGAGCAGUGUCGCUACUGGCACUGCGAGAGGGGCGCAUGGUUGGUUGUUCUCUCAUUCUCUCGGUUCUCACUCAAUGUACAAGUACGGGAAGGCUGUAAAGUAUGGCCGCAUAUCAAUAUCACAUAGAUUCAGCUGCAU